ACUUGGGUAGGUACUGCCAAUUUAACUGUAUCAUUAAAUUCAACUGAUAUUUUCAGUUGAGAAAGUUUAUGUUGAGAAAUAGUGGCAUCCACUGGUAGAAACUAGUAUAGCAUUAUAGCUAAGAACUGGAGAUAUAUAGUAAUUAUUUAUACCUAUGGCAUCCAUAACAUACCAGAAUUUGAUUGAUUUGUCUCUAAUAUGAAUCUAAUCAAAAGAAUGUACUAACUGAAUUAAUGCAUUUUUCUUUUUUGCUAUCUCUUAGAGGGGAAAAUGAAAACCAUCUUUCUCUUAUUGUCUUUAAUUGCUGGAGUCCUCACUGACAAUCCUUACCCACAUACUUCUAACCAUCCUAACAAGUAUAACUGUGACAAUUACCAGUAUGAGCCUAAUCAAAGAGAUGCCCAGAUGCCAAUCCAUGUACUAGUCAACAGUAAUUCUGAUUUUGCUUUCAAGUUCUUCAGGAAGGUCUUUUAUAGUGGAAGCCAGCAAGGUGGCCCAGGCAAGAACAAUAUUGUCUUAUCUCCCAUAAUCAUCUCCUCUGCCUUUGCAAUGCUGGCAUUGGGUGCAAAGGACAACACUUUAGAUCAGAUCUUGAAAGGACUUGAUUUUAGGCCAUCAAAGAUCCAGGAGAGGAUGAUACAUGAAGGCUUCCAUGAACUCAUGAACAUGUUAAAUAAUGGAGAAGCUGGAUACCAGAUGGAAAUGGGGAAAUGUCUUUUUGUGCAAAACCAGCUGCAUCCUGAACAGCAAUUCUUAAAUGGCCUCAAAAACAUGUAUGGAGGAGACAUCUAUUUUGAAAAUUUUAAGAACGCUGCAGAAACUGAGCAGCACAUCAACAGUUACAUUGAAAGGAAAACCCAUGGGAAGAUUUCUAAGCUUGUCAAUGGAAUCGAUCCCAUUACUGAAAUUCUGCUGAUUAGCUACAUUUAUAUGAAAGCUAAAUGGAAGAAGCCUUUUAAUCCAAAGUUCACAAAAGAGCACAACUUCUAUGUGAAUCCUUACGUGGUCGUGAAAGUGCCAAUGAUGUUCCAGAUGGGCAUGUUUGAAAUUGGACGUGAUGAUGAGAGGUUCUGUAGUAUUUUGAAAAUACCCUACGAAGGUCACACUGCUGCGUAUUUUAUCCUGCCUGACAAAGGGCAGCUCGAGAGGGUGGCCAGCAGCUUGUCAUGUGGAGUUUUACAGACAUGGAAGAGCAUGCUUUCAAAAAGCUCUGUAAAUGUGUAUAUACCAAAAUGCUUGGUAAGUGGAGAGAUGAAGCUGAAAGAUAUAAUGUACUCCAUGGGUGUGACUGAUGUAUUCACUGACAAAGCAGAUCUGUCUGGAAUCACAGGUCAGCCCCAGCACAGGCUCUCAGAGGCCAUUCAUAAGGCUGUGAUAAUGAUUGAUGAGAGAGGAACAGAAGCUUCAGCUGCCACUUCCAUGGACCUGGUGCCCAUGUCUAUACCUACUAUCAUGAGAUAUAAUAGGCCGUUCAUUCUUAUAAUUCAAGAACAAAAGACUCAAAGUAUACUAUUCAUGGCAAACAUUUUAAAUCCUACUGAGAAAUAGGCCAAAAUGC